AUGCUCAUGUACACAGCCGAGAUGAAGCUCCCGCGUUACUUGCAGAAGGCGGACAAGCGCAAGCGAGUGGAUUCCGUGAUCAGUCAGCUGCGCCUGGAGAAGUGCCGCAACACCGUCAUCGGCAAUGUGCUACGACGAGGUAUCGCCGAUUGGCAGGUCUUGUAG